GCUCCUGUCCAUAGCAAUGCAUAUUAAAAGCGAAGGCCAUGCCCGAUCUUCCAAGACUUUUUCUGGUUGAUAUCCUUUUCAGAUGUUCCCAUCCCGUGCCUGAGAGUGUUUAGGGGUUUGAUUUUUUCUCUUUUUCUUCUUUUUUUCCUUUUUGGAUUUUUUACUUCUUUUCUAUUAUUUGACGUUUAAGGAUUGACGCCUUACGUUCUCUUAUUCCACCUUAUACUAUCAACUUAGUCGCGGGACGGCUUUCAUUAUUUUUGUGUCCCAUUCUUCGUUGUAUUUUCUGAAUUCAAGGUUCCCAGUCGCCGGACUAUCGACUGUCGGUCUUUAUAUUCUUCUUUAUUUUACCUAUUUAUAAACGGAAAAAAACUAUUACACAAUGUCGGAAGAAAUUUCAAGCGCGAAGCCUAUCUGUGGCGGUGGUAAGGAGGCAGGAGAGUACGAUCUUCCUCUACACACAGUUGGUCUUUUCCUGGUCCUAGCAGCAUCCAUCUUUGGCGCUGGUUUCCCGGUGGCCGCGAAGAAGAUCAGCUGGCUUAAGGUACCUGAGAAGGUAUUCUUUGCCUGCAAGCAUUUUGGAACGGGUGUCCUAAUAGCAACUGCCUUCGUCCAUCUUCUCCCCACAGCUUGGUUCAGUCUUUCGGACCCAUGCCUUCCGGAUCUCUUCACCGAACAGUACCCUCCCCUACCCGGUGUCAUCAUGAUGGCCUCCCUGUUCUGCCUCUUCGUCAUUGAGAUGUGGAUGAACAACAAGAUGGGCGGCCACUCCCACGGCGGCGCCACCGGCUUCGAGCACCACGCGCCCGCUCCCCCUCGACCCUUCCGCGGCCAGGACCGAAACAGCUUCGAAGCCGUUGACCUUUCCGACGAGAAGGGCAUGGCCCAGCGAGCGUUCGACCAGCCCCAGUACCCUCAGCAGGCCCCGUACCCGUACCCGAACCCCGCGGCCGCUGCCACCGAUCUCGACCUCCCGCAGUCUGAGAUGCCCCCGUGGUUCAUCGUCUUCUACGAGCAGUACGUCCGCCAGCGCCUCGAGCUCGUCAACAUGAUCCGCGCCAACGGCGGGCCCAUGCAAUCCCAGGGCAAGCAGGAGGUCGAGGUCGCGGAGAAGAGCAUGUUCGACGAGGAGGGCCAGCCCGUGGACCCCAUGGUCUACAAGCGCAUGUCGAUGAACAUCACCCUGCUCGAGGGCGGUAUCCUCUUCCACUCCGUCUUCGUCGGCAUGACCGUCUCCAUCACCAUCGAGGGCUUCGUCGUCCUCCUGGUCGCCAUCCUCUUCCACCAGAUGUUCGAGGGUCUCGGUCUCGGCUCGCGUAUCGCCGCUGUCCCGUACCCCAAGGGCAGCAUCCGCCCCUGGCUCCUCGUCUUCGCGUUCGGUACUACUGCUCCCAUUGGCCAGGCCAUCGGUUUGAUUGCCCGCAACAGCUACGACCCCAACAGCGCCUUCGGUCUCAUCAUCGUUGGUAUCUUCAACUCGAUCUCCUCCGGUCUGCUUAUCUACGCAGCUCUGGUUGACCUACUCGCCGAGGACUUCCUCUCUGAAGAAUCCAGCCGCACCCUGACGAUGAAGGACAAGAAGGUCGCUUUCGCCUGGGUUCUCCUAGGAGCUGCUGGCAUGUCCAUCGUCGGUGCCUUCGCUUAAACAAGGCCAAGCGAGAAAAAGAACAAAAAAACUACGAGCAAAACGAAUCUUAUGAAAAGUGCGAACUGAAUUCUAUCCUCCCCUGAAAGACAACAAGAGUUCAGGCCGUGUAUUCAUCAAACCGACACACACAACACCAAAGUAGUAGCCCCAUAUCGCCAUGUGCUUUACCAAAUUUAAAGGAAAGCGCUUUAGUCGAAAAAAACAUAAUGAUUGGUCACAAGAGCGAUAAUA